ACUCCAUCUCCCAGCCAUCCCCGCGCCGCGGCGGAGGCGAGCGGAGGGGGCGCUUGGUGCUAGACUGCUACACCGGGAGGGGGGCUUGGUCUGAGCGGCAGCCGCGACUGCCGCCUGGAGACGUUGACAUCCGGCUUCCCUUGGGACCGAGAGAUUCGCCCGCGGGCGGCAGCCAGGGCCUUGUGGCUGCCGUGCGUCUCCGUGCUCGCUCUCUCCUCAGACGCGCAGCGUCCGCCAUGGAAGCGCAUCCGGCCACCGCCGGGGUCUCCGGGCGUCGCGGCCCCGGCUCCCCGGAGCGAUGAGAGGGUAGGGGCGCCCCGUUCCGUCCGCCCCCGAGAGAAGGAGGGUUGGGGAUCGGCCGCGCCGCAGUUCUAGCCUCCGUGCUCUCCCCGCCCCGGGGGUGCUGCCGACGGGUGCCCGCCGCCCAUGCCGUCCCGCGGCCGCGCAGCCCACCGCUGAAGCCCGCGCAGUACUGCCAGCUGGCCGUGCCCUGAGGCCGCUACCCUUCUCGGCUCAAGAUGUGGCACCACGUGGGGCUGACCCUGCUGGUGUUCGUGGCCACGCUGCUGAUCGUCUUGUUGCUGAUGGUGUGCGGUUGGUAUUUUGUUUGGCAUCUAUUUUUAUCUAAAUUCAAGUUUCUGCGGGAACUGGUGGGAGACACAGGAUCCCAGGAGGGGGAUCAUGAGCCUUCGGGGUCUGAAACUGAAGAAGACAGUUCGUCCUCCUCGUACAAGAUGAGAUCCGCACGCUACCGGAGGGCACCUGCUGACGAAGGCCACUGACUUCAGACGAGGUCCUUCAUUAGUCCACGGCAAAAGGCAGCUGUGAGCCUCUGUCUUUAGCGACCUCACUUUGAAAUUUGCUAAAAGACAGAAGAACAUUUAAACUUGGAUUUUAUAUCCAGUUGAAAAAGAAAUUUAUAUGUAAGCCAUACAGGAAAAAAGGGAAUUGAAACCAAAUUGGGCCAUGAAAAUGUCACCUUAAAGGUAAUAUUUUGCUUCACUAACUUUCUGCUUAACACACUUAGUCCUUGGCUCUUGGGCAUUGUUUUUUUUUUUUUUUUUUUUUUUUUGCACUGGUGUGAAUCUGGCAAAAUUUUCAGGCUUGAAAAAACAAUUUUUUGGGGUCAUAAAAUGUACUCUUCAUAUUUUAAUGCGUGUGAAAUUUGGGUGCACCUCAUUACUGUCACCCAGGUGAUAGUCAUAUAAUUAUCCUAGCUUGAGCAUGUGUGAAUUUACAGCUUGUCAUACUGUCAUCACCUUUGCGGAUGUGUGUUGUUGGCAUCAAAUGUGUCAGGUUUAAAGAGGGUGUUAAGAUGUCUUCAGAAAGCUUGCACUGUGACUCAGCCUUGAAACGAAAGGUUAUCACAUAUGUAGAAAAGCAUGGAAAUGGAGCUGAGCACAUACAUUUGAGCCAAGUGAAGCAAAUGUUCAUUGUUGGAGGAAUGAUUGAAACACCGUAUUUUCUUGCAAAGCACCCACAAAGUACUUUAUUGGACAUAAGCCAGGAAGAUGCUCACAAGUAGAAGAAGCUGUGCUACGGUCUGUCAGAGAGGCACAUGCAAAAGGAUUGCCUGUCAUGGGCCAGGAGAAAUUGCCAAAACCCUCUGAAUCGAUGACUGAGCAGCGAGAGGCUGGCGUGACCUGAUGCAUGUGUUGAGCAGGACCAUCGUUACGACAGCAAACAUCCUUUUUCCAAAACUUCCCACCGACAGCAAACAGUACCCAGCUGAGACGCGCCCUGCAGUGCUUGCCAUCACCAGCACUCUUGCCGAUGCCCAGGGCUGUGUUGUGUGGGGAAGUGCAGACCCCGAGGAUGUGCCCUGAAAAGUACAUCAGAGAAGUGGGGCUGGAAAAUGGGAGGUUAUGGUUAUAACUUACCCAGUUUAUCUCACACAUUUGUAAUGUAUGCGCAAGAUUGACGUGAUUAAAAUCUGUUUCAAAGCACUGCUACCACAAAUAUAAAAUAAGCAUUUUUCUGAGAGGUGAGGCAGCUGGGUCAUUGUGUGAUGGAUGGACAGUGAUGCGGACUGUGCAUCUUAACAACUGAUAGGAUCUUAGGUAAUGGUAGUUGAAAAUUUGUUUUUCAUUUUAAGACAGCAUUACAAUAUUUCAAUUGUCAUCGUCUAUGAAAUGGUUUUUUUGGUUAAUCUAUUAAAAAAUCUAGAGUAGCAUUUUAGAAAUCUUAAGAACCAUCUUCUACUUCAGGAAGACUGAGCUUCGUCACUCCCUUAUGUAGGAGGAUUUUAUGCUCCAGGCAUAUGUUAUGGAGAAAAUACUUCUCCGCAGACAGUGACAAGACCUCCAAGAUCCUGGGUGUUGAAAAAGUGUGGCUGAAACUACCUGUUUGACUGUAAAGAGAUUCUUGCCGGGUGUCCGUGUUUGUCUUAACUGAAUUUUGGACUAGCACUAGUGUGAGAGAGAUAGGAAUUGAAGAACUUUUCAGUGUAGUAGUCCCUGCUUUGUACAAGAAUGAAAUGCAAAGCCAACUUAUUUUAUGAAUCUGUGUUCUUCUUAUGUUUUUAGCCUUUUGUCUCAAGAACUAGUUAUCACCUCUGUUUCACGGGGGUGUUUCAGUGUUUGAUACCUCAUUCUUCAUGCUGACAGUUUUGUUUAUUAACAGCUCACUGGCUCUUCCCCACGUUGUAUUCCUCAUGAAAACCUCUUUGCUGAUAUUGUACUAGAAGGGAAUUGACAGGGCAUAACUGUAGUUUUUAUAUUUGCUGGGGGAAGAUUCCCAGCAGCUGAGAAUGGGGCACAGUCAUGCUGUCUUCACUUCUGUACUGGUUGUAAUGUGACUGACUAGGGCAUAAAAAGCAGUGAGUGACACGUGUCUAGCAUUAAUUGUAAUGUUUCAUGUUUUACUAGUGCUAAAUAGCACAUUGGAAUCAUCACCAGAUGAAAAUGUUCAACAGCGUUUGGGCCCGAGAGCUUGUUUAUAUUACAUUUUUCAGCCUGAUGUUUUGAGCUCUGGAUUUUGUUUUACGGUGGAUGUCUAAGUUAUAGAUAAUAAUUGUUACUGUUGAGCUUCCUGUUAUGUCAGUAUUAAAGAAUGAUGGCUGAUGUAACCCUCUUCCCUCAAAUCUGUAGUUGUGCCCAAAUUAAUACAAGUUAAUCCAUGUAAAGCUCUGGAUGUUGGGCAUUAUUUAUUUAUGCUUUAAGCAUAUCUUGUUUUAUACGAUUUUAAGAAAUGUUCUCGUUAACUUACUUGAAAUAUAUACCUAAAAACGUUAAUCGCUCAUACUCCUUGGGGAGAGAGUGAAAAGAAAUGACUGAUGCCAAUAUGAAUAGUUUAUAGACAAGUCCUUUAUUUAAGCCUUUUUCUUUUCAUGCACUUGACCUUCUAUAGUAUGUGUGUCUAAGGCCAAUAUUACAGGGAAGAGAAAUGUUAAUGCAGAAUUAGUUAUGUUAUGUGAUAUGGUUUUCCAUCCUUUUUCCUGUUUUAAUGCUUUUGUAGAUGAAUUUACCAGAAUGCCAUUACAGUAGCAUUUUCAGUCUCAGUGAAAAGUGGAAUAGACUGUGGUUGAUAUUAACAUUAAAAAGUUAUGAGCAUUAAAAUCAUAAAUGUUAGACUCUUGCUUGAACUCUUCCCAAAAAUGGUAGUGAACAAAUAUGCCAUGUUUUUGAGGAUUAAUUCUAAAAUUAAGGACUCAUGUAAGUGUCUCAUUUCUUUCUUACCCAUCCAAAUCUUUUGCCUCUGAAACUUUUUGUGAAAAUUGCCUGUAUGGUAGUGCUAUUCAGAUUUUAAGCCAAAAACACUAAAUAUUUGUAUAGCAUGUUUAAAUGAGGUUUUGAAUAUUUACGUCAAAUUGAAAAUAAGACUCUUAAUGGAUGUUCAUAGUGGACAUAAAUGUGUGGUAGACAGCUACUUCACAGACAUGUUAACCCUUUUCUUUAGAUGUUACUAAGUUUAAGAAUCAUUUCAAAUUAUUUGGCUGGAAGUUUAGAAUAUAUAAAGUAAUGAGUUCACAAAAUAAGGCGUCUAAAAUGUGUCGAAGAUUUUAAAGUAGUGCAUUUUUCCUCUUAACAGUAACACUUUUUGAAGUUACUAUAGACAUCAUUGAUGCAAUCUUUUUUAAAGUCAGUUUUUCUUAAAAGGUAUGUUUUAUGUAAUGUGUAAUCAGUUAACUAGAUUUUGCCUGGUAAUCUAAGUGCUUUUAUAUUUGAAGUUGACUUUAAAAAGCCAAUGAGCAGUCCUCAGAGUUGAUAGUCUCUCAGGCAACUAACAGGUUAGCGUUCAGUUAGGGAGUCUAGAAGUAAAGCACUUUGCAUCGUCUGGUUUUAGAGCGUCCCAGAGUUUUACCUUACAGUGAAGUUACACUUCCUGUUUGUUUGUUGUGUGCCGUUUUAUGAGGAGUGUUUAACGUUAGCCUCCAGCUGAGUUCUAUGCAUAACAUUUACCACAUGCUGCUGAUGAGGUUCUCACAGGAAGCCUCCUGUGCUGUGCUCUGAUGCAGGGUCACCUUGCUGCUUGACAGAUAGGUUUGUAAGGAAUUAGCACUGUGUGUGUUAACAGUACCUUUGUGUAACAAGAUGUAAAAUUGAAGAUGAGGAAUGUGGCGCAAAUGAUCAUUCAGUGUUUGUUAAAUUGCUCAGUACUAUAUCUAAGCUGUGGUUGGUAUGUUUUAACUUUCAUGGCACAGAAUAAAUUGAAAUGAAAACAAACAA